AUGAAGUGGGAGAGAGUACCCUCAGAAAGAGAGAAAACCUGUCAUUCCAAGGCUUGGUUUACAGUUAAAAAGGAUACGAUUCAUAUUAAAACCAAGACGUUUUCAUUCUGGAGCGUCCUCUGUUGCGGCGGCCCUAAGAGGAAAAGAGCAACGGUUUUUGUGAGCAAACCAAAUCCAGGGCGAAACUUGCUGCACCUCCGUUUUUAUAUCUACAGCGACAACGAAGAUUCUAGAAAGGUAUGAUCUGGAGUGAUAGUAAGAAGUGUUUGUCAUAUACAGGGAAAAACCGCUAAAUUCCACUUAAAUCGAGAUGGACUGUACCAAAAACGUACGGAACGGAACGGACUCCACGGAGGUAGGAUUAGCGCAGUUGGUUAGUGCGCAGCCUUCCGUACGGGAGGUCCCGAGUUUGAUUCCCAGGUGUGACCUCAGUGACCUCAAAUCCUUCUUUCAACUUUUUUUCCUUCCGUGUAGCAUUAGGUAGCUUUAAAUACCCGUAAAACGGAGCACUGUUGGAGAGAGCUCAAGGUCGGCCUCAGGUUUGUUAGUCAGAUGACUAUUUCGAGCUACCAACGUAGUAUAACCUGUCUUUUUGUUUUUGCAAGAGGCGCCAGCUAAUCCUUGCCUGCGUAUAACAGAGGUCGAAAAGGGUUGGGGAGAAGGAAAGGAAAAGGGGAGGGGACUGGGAAGAGAAGGAAGAGUGACUUCCCUUUUCCCUUUCGCGCUUCUCCUCCUCCCCCCUCCUUCCAACCCAGACUCCAAAUGCGGCCCCUACGUCCAUUUUUUCCAGAAUCUAGGACGAAAUAUGCCCUAAAAUUUGCGGGUUAACCGCGCAAAUGGUAAACCGUUUCCGGUAUUUAUUCCAUUGUGUCCAAGCUCUGCUUUUCACAGGGCAGUUUUUGUCAAACAGUCACAAUUACUGUUGUAUAAAAACGAAAUAGACCACGAUUCAAGAUUGUCGAAUCUUAGAUUUUGGUAUCGCAAUGAUGAGCAUCCAGCUUGUACAACAAAAUUUUUAAACAUCAAUUCUUGUAAUCUCUAAAUUGAUUGGUACAUCGGACGACAGAAACUGCGAAACACUUCCCUUAUGACACUUCAAGCUGCCUGCAAAUGAUGCAGAAAGGGGAAGAAAUUACUUCCCUGAUUUAAAGAUAACAUAUCCAGUAUACAAGUUUUCAGUUUCGAUGCUCGUUUACUUUGAAUACAGAGAAUGGAGAGAAAAGAGAGAGAGAAGUUUCCUGAUUCAAAGCCAUCAAUUGAAAAACCUUUCAAGAUGUACAAUGAUGCCAAUGACAUCACCGUCUGGCUUAGACCAGAAGAACUUGCUAAGAAUGGCUGGGAACUGGAUCAGACUGACGCUAGACAGGUAAAGCCGGCAUACAAAGCCGUUUUCACUGGUUGAAAUUCUAAUUAGUCAAUUCAGAGCAUCUGUAACCAAAACCAACAUUGUAGGUAAAAGAUUAGUAAAAGAUUUAAAGUUUGUUUAUAGUGGGAUGUGCUUGUAGCUUAUCCAGCUAGUUUAUAGUCAUUCCACUCAAAUAAUUCUGAUCAUAUAAUCCAAAUAGAACAAAACAGGAUUAAAAGACGCAACUGAAGGCAGGUAUUUACAAGCGUGGCCGAUGAUUCGAACUCGGGGCUAACGACAACAAAUCCAGCAAGUGGCCAGAGUUGGACUCGAACCCGGGACCGCCGGAUUGCAAGUUCGACGCGCUGACCACUCGGCCACACUGGCUUCACAGGAAAACAAACUUGCUUCGCAAGCUUUUGGAUUUGAAUUCACUUUUGGGACCAACGCUGAAUAACCGUAACUCUAUUGAUUGAACAACCCGGCUCAUGCAUAUUUGAAUCUUAAUAAUAUAUAAGAAAAGGGCAAAUCCGCAGUUUAUGACUCCUGUCCAAGGUAGUUAGUCCCAAAAAGCAUUUCACUUUUGCCUCACCAGACACACUAGCUCUGUGCAUCACAACCGAGUAUUGGUUGACUCUUGUACUGUUUCCUGCAUCUUCUGACCUAGAAGCCAAGCUUGCCGUUAACUACAUUAGAAAUCAGUGUUCUGGUUUAAGCUUUGCAAAUGCUCAGAGGGGGUUUGGUUGCAGAAUAGCGUAACCCGCUACACUGCACAACAAGAACAAAUUGUAAUGAUUAUAAAACUACGUGAAUGUUUUGUAUCCUUUGUCAUUCAGACUUACCUCCACGAUAUGGCUUACAAGAAUGGAUACCGCACGUAUGAAUCGUGUAGUUUUGCAGUGAAUACCACUGGAGCGAGCCUGGAAGGUGUAAAUGAUUUUUCGUGCAGUUUAUAUUUCCAGCAAGAAGACCAACCGGAACACUUUAUUUACGUAAACCCAGGGAUUUCUCUGACCAGACAGCAGGUAAAA